AUGUCAGCAUCAGAAGGAGAUAAUAGCUAUAUGGCCAUGUUGAACAAUCCAGCCAUCAACCCUGGACCACCCAAAGAAACAGCACCAACAAAGAAAGCAGCUACAGGACCCAAACCAAGCGUGUUUUCCGCAGUGGAAAAGGCCAAAGAUUUGUUGACAACAGCUUCUGGGGACGUUUAUCUCACAUCAGAAUCAGACGAACCAUUUGAAUGGAUAAAUGCAGACAUCAAAAAGGCUCAGUUGCCCAUCACAGCAGAGGAAUUACAUCAACUCAAGCUCAUCCCUAAGGAAUUGGUAGGAGAAGAACUCAAGAUCAAAUCAAUAGACGAGUUUUUGAAGGAGGAUGAUUACAAAAAUAUUGUAGCAGCAUUCAAGGAGAUCCAAAAAGAAAGCAGUGAUGAAAGCAAAGUGUAUCUACUAGGAGAUGUGUCUAUUACGGUUUUAAUUUUGUGUAUCGUACAAGAUAAGCAAAGUUCAAAGAAGGCCAUCGUGGGAUUGAAGAGCUUGUUAGUUCAAUCUUGA